AUGCUGCUUUCGACGGUGCCCGCACAUCGUUCCAAGACAACAUAUCUCGCCCGCGACCCGUCCCUUGCUGCCGCAUCAUCGUCAGCCGCAGUCGAGCCGCCCGCCGUUUCUUUGCACACGCCGCCGCCGACUGGCAAGCCAAGGGCCCUGUCGACCGUGCUGGAAGCGCCUACGCCCGUGACCAACUCGCCCGAGCCUGGCCAUCCGCCAUCACGCGGCGGUGCCUCUGUUCCUCCUGCUCCAGUGCCUGCUCCAGCGCUUGUGCCUGUGCCCGUGCCUGCUUCUGUGCCUGGGCCCGUGCCGGUGACGGUGCCACGCCGUGUGUCCAGCCUCGGUGCUGCUACUCCUGAGCUGGAGCGGCAAACUGCUGCACCCACCAACCCAGGGACCACCACGACGCCCACCACCACGGCCGACAAGGACCACCGCAAUCACCGUCACGGCCGCAAGGCGCGCCAGCAUUCAGGCCCAAAAGGAACCCUCGCUUCCUCGUUGUCGACUCCAUCGAUACCCAGCACUGGCAUUGUCUCCAGCGAGACUACCGUGGCUGCAUUUGCUGCCGCCUCUGCCCGUCGGCUUGUGUCUGCGCCUGCGCCUGCGUCUACAUUGCGACCGGCAUUGGCGUCUGCAUCGUCCCGUAGCUGCUGUCUCGCUUCCAAUGAUUCCUCUCUAGACAAACCCACAGCUACCGAGGAUGCCAAUAUGGCUGAUAAUGCCAUGGCUCGCACUCCCCCACGCCCACGGGACUCCCACGAUCUCUCCCUGUCGCCGCGAGACAUCACUCGUGAUUCUCUCGUCGUGAACAUGCUCCUGUCACUGGACCAGAUGUCCUUUGGCCAGUCCUCCGCAGACGGGCCCUUUGGGGGCAGCAGAGGAGCCAACACUACUACCGCCGUCUAUGACGAAGAAUAUUCUCCGAGGCCGUGGUCCGACGAUGCGAAUACCAGUUCACGGGGACGACACGGUACCGUUGAUAAUAACCGCCAUCGGCGCCAAUCACCUUGCAGCUCUGAUACGGACAGCAUUGUCGUUGAUGACUCUGCAAAGCACCCCGAUAACCCUCCUGCUUCAAGAGGACGACGCAGCAAUAGCAGCUCCAACAAUUUCCUGGGCCAAUUCCCUCGCCUGAACAGCAUGAGAGAGACGGCCUACAAAUCACAGCCCGGCACGCCACCUCGGAGCAGUCAUACCCGUGGCCGUAGACAAAGCAACAAGAGCAGCAGCAGUGCAAGUCUUGAUAUGGGAUAUCCCCACGGCAUGGUAAACCAGCGAUUAGCACCGAGAACCGGACGAUCUGCUAGUUUCGACUACGGACCUCAGUCGCAAUCCCAGAUCCAACAGCCAUCGUUGUCUGCUCCUUUCCUCGUCGACUUUGCCGACGGCAUGGCCCGCGACGGAUACCGUGCUGCCCCAACACCAACGGUACCGAGCGGACCUCGCCGCGAGGCCUCUGGCCGUCAUAUUCCACCGCCACCUCCGGAGCCAGUCGAGCCUCGCACACUGGAACGCAAGCGUAGCACGAGCCGAUCUCUGAGAAGCUCCUCUGGUAGAAGUAGGCGAGGAGGGACUGGGCACCAAGCUUCUGCACAGGCACAGCCGUCAAUGCGUACUGAAGACUUGGACUCUGCUCCUGCUCCGAGCGUGGGGUAUGGCAAAUCCAAGGAAUCUGUUACGACGACCAAUGCGAACUCUCAACCGAAAGAGCGACCUGGAUUUUUCAGACGUGUAUUCGGCUCAUCAAAGUCAACUGCCCCUUCAAACAGCAGUAUUUCUGCACCUCCAACAAGCUCCUCUCGCUUACCGGCUUCCCCUGACCGCACGCUGCUGCACCAACAACAACCCACAACCCCUACCACCUCAACCUCCGUUCCCCCUGCAAAAGAUGCGGCAUCGUCACAUUCACAUCACCAUCCCACGCUGCAAAAGAAAUCUUCCUUCUUUCGCCGCCGUAAAAAGUCGGUUGCCGACGAGCCUCCACCUCUACCAAGCACGGAGCUUUUGCCGCCAGUACCUCUUUUGGAUUCAUCGAACUUUCAAACAGCCAAAUAUGAGCCAUCUGGACAAAAUAUGGGCAGCCCAGCAAGUAGCUUACGCCAAGUCAUGAAUCCAUAUCUGCGGGACGGUGUUACUGGACUUGGUCUGACGGGAGUGGCGGUUUCAUCUCCGUUGUCAGACAUUACCAAUACAUCCAGUUCCAAGUCUGACACCACCGCAGAGACAAGAAACGAAGAAUACAAGAGAGAUUUCUCUCCGGACUAUGAACCAAGUCCGAAUGCCCGUAUACGAAAGGUCAACCCCGAAUCCGACGGCGAACGAGUUGACAGCACACCAUGUCGCGCCAAAUCAAAACAACCUUACAAGACUCUUCAUGCAAAUAAUUCUUUCCUGGAUCUUGAGGCGGGCAGCGACGAUGAAGAUGAUCAUCAUCAGCAUCAGAAAAAGAGCGAGAAGCCGUCUUCAACAGCAACAAGACGGAAAGACACUGAAGAUGGAGAUGCUACGAUUCGCGCCAGGAAGAAGAAGCCUGUGCUGGAUUUUGACGAUGGAGGCAAGCUUCCAACACAGACUAGCCUCAACUUGCCGGCGGAUGGUGUUAGAUCUGUCAGUCUUGCGUCGGGGUCGACUGAAACUGGCUACAGAACUGCUCCCAGUGCGCCACCGAGUGUACUUGUCGAGGAGACUGACGAAUCUGGUCCCACAGUAUUGGCGACAUUGGAAUCCAUGAAAUCGCGUAUGCCUUUGGAUGAACCCGAGUUCGUGAUUGGUGAGCCGACAGAAGAUGACCGCCAAAAGGCGCGGAGAAUAUUUGACGGAUGCGAGGAUUUCAUUCCAAAGGAUGGGGCUGCUGCGUGGAUUGGAGAACAAGGGCCAGUUCGGCAGCGCACGCUCCAAGCAUAUAUGGAGUUGUACGACUUUGCUGGUCUGAAUGUUCUUGUCUCCUUGCGCCAAAUCUGUGGACGAUUGGUCCUUCGCGCCGAGACUCAACAGGUAGAUCGCAUCUUGGUUGCAUUCUCGAAACGCUGGUGUAAUUGCAACCCCAUGCAUGGCUUCAAAGCGACAGAUGUUAUUCACACGAUUUGCUACUCAAUCAUGCUAUUGAACACUGAUCUCCAUCUGGCAGAUAUUGAAUCAAAAAUGACUCGAAGCCAGUUCGUCAAGAACACCAUGACUACAAUUACACAAGCCAUUGCUGAGUCGGCUCCUGGAGCUUUUGUCCGGCCGAGCAUUCUCCCCGAGAAGAACUCAAUACUGUCACCAGAACCGACACGGCAAACAAUGGACGCGCCUCGUACGAAUAGGCAUUCAUUUCGCCCAUCCCCUCGCACUGAGACCAACUACAGUGAUGUUGAUGAUUGUGGCCCGUUGGUCAAGUCCCCUUACAACGGACCAAGGAGAGGCUGGGAGGAGCAAGUCGAGACUGUUCUGAAAUCGAUAUAUGCUUCCAUUCGUGACCAACGACUACCUUUAUUCGGGGCAGAACAGGAAAAAAAUCUCACCGUUGCCCCAUCCCAGAGCAACUUGUCAGUUAUUGGGAUGUUGAAGAGAAGCCCAAGCGUUCUGAGCAAGGCGCCUUCAGAAACUUUGUCCACUCGUGGACGGGUGGCCGAUGGCAGCCGCAACAACACAUCCCGCUGGACAUCAAAGAGCCGAUCACGCCCUGGCCUGGGCCGCAAUGGGUUUUCUUCAAGCCGCACCAGCUUUGACGAUGGCAAUUCGAUAUGGAGCCCGGCAAUGUCUUCUGCAACAUGGAGCAAGCACUCUCUGGGAAGGACCCAGGGGUCGAUGUCGCAAGACUCCUUCGCCUCCUCUAUGCCACGAGGGGACUUUCAGAAAUCAAUUGGCUUCGCCAACGCUCUCAGUCAGGCCAUUAUCCGUGAUGUGGAUUCCAAUGGCCAAGAAACGGUUCCGUCCAUAGUGAGCGCUGACAUAACCUCCGCACAGUUACUAGAAGACGAAUCUCUAGAGCUUGCUGGUCCGCCGUGGGUGAAGGAAGGGAGGGUCAUGCACAAGCACCACUUGGAUGGCUAUGGGAAACGAGCAAAGGAUCGCAACUGGACCGAGGUAUUUGCUGUGGUCCAGAAAGGACAGAUUAGCUUGUUCUCGUUUAAUGCGAGCAAAUCCUUGCGUCAAAAGAGUCGAUCCCGGCAGGGGGGCAAGCUAAACGGGCCUGUUGGGGGUGGCAAUUGGCAAGACAAUGCGGUGAAUCUCGGCACAUUCAAUCUUCGCUUGACGCUGGCUUCGGCUUUGCCACCACCUGGUUACUCCCGAUCACGGCCGCAUGUCUGGGCCUUGAGUCUGCCAACGGGGGCUGUUCAUCUUUUCCAUGUUGGCACGCCAGAAAUUACCAGAGAGUUUGUCAACACCGCGAACUACUGGAGCGCACGCCUCAGCUCCCAUCCCCUGGUUGGUGGAAUAAGCAACAUCGAAUACGGAUGGAGCAGUGCCAUUGUCAAUAAUUCUUUGGUAAACGCGAUCAACGAGUCUGCAGCGGCUGGCGAUAGCGGAGGACGAAAUUCCCGUCCUAGUAGCAGCGCUACGCAUGGGCGCAAGUCAAGCGCUGCUAGUGGUAGUACCCGCGCACCAAGUUUUGACCAAGCGGCUGGCUCUUUUACCAGUAGUGGGCGCGGCAAACUACCUGGGGAUCGUAUUCAUAUCGCUGAGUGGGCACCUCCAACGCAGAGUAUGCGUCCCAGCAAUGCUGCAGAGACGGAGCAGCUUGAAACGCUCACGGCUUAUGUCAAGAGCAUCGAACAGGAACUACAGUCUCAUAAUCAGCUUCGCAGCCCAAUGUUAUUGGCCUUCACACCGAGGGCUCACAAUGCGGGCAAGGCUAUGGCCAACUGGGAGCGCAAGAGCGCCUAUUUGCUGCGAGAGAUUGUAAAAUUCCGAACCUAUGUGGAUUGCCUACAACAGGCGGAGGCGAGGAAACAAGAAAUCUACGCUGAGAGAGACUUGGCUCAGAAGGCUUCUCAGGGCGAUUUGAGUGAUGGCGAUAUGGAGUUGAGCGGGGAUGAAGAAGGGGACGAGACUUUGCGGCCAUGA